AUGAGCUUCUACGGUAACAACUGCCACUCGGGACUGCCGAAUCAAUCAUCUUUUCUUCACGAUCUUUCAUCACGAAGUCAAACAUUAAUGCCACCGAUACAAAGCACUCCGAAACCACGAACUCAUAUCGAUCAAACAAGCACAAGGUGUCUAAAGCACUCCUCAAGAUCACCCAUUAAAGAAGAAAAAGAAGAAGAAUUCAUUCUACUGCUGUCAACUUUGACGACAGACGAUCAGUCCCGACUAAACCACAAUCAAUCUCAACUAGAUGAUGACGUAAAUACUCGAUUCGACUCCAUUGAAUUGAAGAUUAACAAUGCCAUACUGGAAUUGGAGUCUAUAUACAAGAUAAUUGGAUAUUCAUCUUCUGAAGUCAACCUGAAAAAGUCGGAAAUAUUCACAAUUGUUCAAGACACAAUCAGCAACUUUGCAAACAGUCUACAACGAAAGAAGAGCACCCUUGAGAACGAAUGUGAGUGGUUAAAGCAACAGAUCCAGGUUAUACUAUCAAUGGUAAAUGACGCCAAGGGUGACAAGUCCUUGUCUCUUUUGCAAAGAGGUCUAGUGUUUAACAAUCAACAACAGUACGUGGAUGGGUAUAAGGAACAAAUUCUUUCAAAAAUGUCAAGUCCCGAGUUCAAACGUUCGAAGUUGGGAGAUGAGUUGACUGUGGAGCAACAGGAUGAAUAUAUGGUGAGAAAUAUUCCGGAAUUGACGCUUCUAGAGCUAAGAUCGAGAUUGAAUAUGAUAUUCAUUGAGGUUUUGAAGACUUUCGUGAAACAAUACAAGCAAUACAACUCCUUGAAUAUAGAAUGUGCCAAGAUCGUCGCCUCUAUCGGGCCAUCGGAGUUUGAUUCAAGGAUUAUAGGCUCUAUGCCUACCUUGAGUGAUGCUGAGCUGCAUCAGAAAAUAAUGGAAGAAUUCAUCAGCUUAGUAACAACCGUCAAUACCAAUCAAACGCCAGACCAGAGUGAAAAUGAAGUUUUCAUUAUCGCAAGUCCCGUCAAGUCCUCACUGCGAGAGACGAUUCACUCGAGUGGUGAGCACUCUGAGGAUAAUAUGAGCCGUUUGCGACAAGUCAAUUACCAACUAGUGCGAGUUAUGCGGAGUCUCAAGUUUACGAGGAUUUCGUCGGAUCUCAUGCAAGCUUUACAGCAAGAAAUUCGAAAAGGACGCGAACUGUUAGAUGCACGCAGAGGGACCGUUGUUGAAAUUGUGAACAAGUGUCUUGAGUGUAUUGAGUUCCUCCAGUAUUCCGAUGAGCAUUUAGCCGAUCUACAAAAGAAUGAAAUUGGAGACAGCGAAGGCUGUUUGGACAGCGAGACAUUGAAGUUGCUACUACGCGAUCCACUUGAAUUUGGUUUACAUGACGAACAUAUAAACUAUCUAGUACAGUUUCAAAAUUUGAUUCAAGCCAAAAUUGAUGAAAAGCGUGAGAAAUGGGAAUCUUAUUCUACAUCAUGUAUGCAGUUGUGGAAACGGCUUGGAGAAAGUGAGGAGUACAUUGGAAAGUUUAUGCAAAACAACAACAAUUUGUCUGAUCUUUCCCUUCUCAACUUUAAGAUGGAAUUAAACCGGUUGUAUAUCAAGAGAUCGGAGUAUAUUGAGAGUUUCAUCUCUGAUGCAAGAGCGGAAAUUGAAAGACUUUGGGACCAAAUGUACUAUUCAAAAGAUAUGAGAAGUGAAUUCGAGUAUUUCCAGUACGACCCUGAGUUUGAUGAUAGAGACAAGGAAUCAGUAUUGAACAUCCACGAAGAGGAAGUCAAGAAAUUGCAGCAGGAGCUUGAACAGAAACAACCUGUUUUGCAAAUAUACGCCGAACUCCAAGACCUAAUCAAAGACCAAAAGUUCCUUCAAGAAAGUUCUCAAGAUUCGUCAAGAUUGUUGAGCAAGAAUUCAUGCAAGAUCCUACUCAAUGAGGAAAAAAUUAGGAAACGGAUAAACAAGUCCAUGCCUCGUGUCAUUGAGUCUUUGAAAUCGGAGGUGAAAAAGUAUAACAACAGGGUUGUUUUAGAAGGUCAACGGCCAUUAAUGAUCAACGACAAGGAUUUUUUUGAAGAGGUGUUACGUCUAGAAUCUGAACACUUGAGUUCCGGUAACAGAGUUAAACAGAAGUCGGCAUCUACAUCGCCCAUGAAACGACCCGUUAGUGCGUCUAACAUUUCACCAGAGAGAAAACAACAACCAAGGUUUAUGUCAACCAGAUUCCCACAAGCUCCUCGAAGUACAGGCAGAGCGAAAGUGAGCAAGUUAUCGACAAAUCCACGACAGACUGUGGCAACGAGGCAACCACUGCCUGUUCACACAUCGAACGUGAGCAGUGCUACAAAGUCACUGCUCGGUUCUCUGUCGAGCAGUCGUGUUAAUUCUUCGUUAUUGACUUUGGAGAGCCCAGUGUCUACGAGUUGUACUAACUCAUUCAUUGCAAAGCCACCCUCAGUUGAAUUGAAGCCUCUCACAUCACCGCUCAAGUCGUCAACAACAAGGGGAAAUACUUCAACUAAUAGCUACACCAAUAAAAUUACCGUGGGCCCUCAAUUUCACUUUGAUUCGCGAGAAGAAAAGGAAAACAAAUUGGGCUCCUUCGUGAACAAAGUUUCCAAUUUGAACCAGUUUCCCCCUGUGAAUAUAGAACCAGCUUCUAUCAGUCUGUGCAAUGGCAUGAGUAGCGCAGGAUCAACGAGCAUUGGCAAUGAUACCUCCACCAUGAUGGGUGACGAUUAUUUUGCAUGGCGGGACGAAAAAAUCAAACAGUUGAACGACGUGUAA